AUGAUGAGGAGAACAAGUCAACAACAACGUUUAUUAUUGGUCCUAACAGCUUGCAACAAUUGUUUCGGAAAGAAAACGUGGUUGUUGGUUGAGCAGCAACAGCAGAAGCAUCUUGAUUCUUCUUCUUCCAUAGUUCUUCUUAUGAAUUCAUUUAAUACUCCAAAACUCUCCUAUCAUACCAACAACAAUCCGAUGAACAAUACAACAUCAGUCAAUCACCAACAGCAACAACAUGAAGGAAUGAAUGGAUUCAACACCAAUAAUCAUCAUCACCACUACGACAUCAAGAAUCAUCCAACGACUACAAACAUCUCUGAUCCACAACAAGUGAGAGUAUCACAAGAAGAACACAAAGAGCAUCAACCAUUCAUUUCGCAACUGAUCCUUGGUGGUGCAAGUGGAUUUGUUGGAAAGCAAUUGCUCAAACAUAUUCUUUCUCCCAAUUCCCAGAAAAUUAAGGUUCCUUUUUCGGAUCAAUUAUCAAAAUUGUCACAAGUUACAGUUUUAUCAAGAAGACCAGAUGAAACGAGACAAAUUUUGGAACAACAAUGCCCUUUUCAUAACUGGGAACGAAAAGAAUCGAUUCAAGUUCAAAUUAAGGAUUGGAAAGAUUUGAAUCAAGUCACAACAGAAAAAGAUCCAUUAUUUCUCUUCAAACAUCAAGUGUGUGACAUUCGAGAAACAUUUGACUCUUCUAACAAAAAAGUAGCUGCUGUGAAUUUGAGUGGAGCAUCUGUGGGAGAAAAGAAAUGGACACCCGAAUACAAGCAGGAAAUUAUCUCAUCACGAGUGGAGUCGACACAACAUUUAAUGCAACAUCUGAAUAGUUUUGGUGAUUCUGCGAGCGUCUUUAUUGGAACAAGUGCCGUCGGAUACUAUCCUUCUAUUCCUGAUCUAUCUCCUCAUGCUCAAAUUUAUACUGAAUACAAUUGCCCACAAGCAGCAGAUAAUCCAUUGGGAGAGGUCACCAAAGCAGUCGAAGACACAAUUUCACAAACCAAUUUUGAGAAUAUCAAAAAGAGAAUAAUAUUGAGACCAGGAGCUGUGAUUGGAAAGAAUGGAGGCAUGUUGAGUCAUAUGAUUAUACCUUACUUGGGAUUUUCAUUACCCGUUGUGUUUGGAACAGGUCUACAACCAUUAAGUUGUGUUCACAUUUCAGAUCUCAGCAAUAUGUAUAUUCAUGCACUUUACACAAAUUUCAAUAACUAUUACCAAGCACUUCAGGGAAGGACUACAUCAAGCAACGGCACCAACGUCACAUCUAACCACGAAUCAGCAGUAAUUGUAUACAAUGCAGUCAUGCAAGACAUGAUCACCUUUCAACAAUUUGUUUCCUAUCUCAAUGCAAAAACAAAUUUAUUCUAUUUACCAUUAAUUCCAAUGUCCUAUCGUUUAGCGAAAAUAAUAUUUGGAAAGGAACGAGCUCAAUUAUUGUGUGAAGGACAAUAUGUGUCACCCACUCGAUUCAUGCAAGAAAAUUUUCAAUUCAAUUAUCCCAAUCUCCAUUCUGUUGUUGAUGAAGUUGUAUCCAAGUAG